GAUUGUCCACGACUGAACCGGCGACUAUGUACGCUGUCAUUAUUCGCGCCUGUUUUGCCUGCAUGCUAUUUACCGUAGCCUUGGCCACAAUACCACCGUACAUAAAAGUAUGCAGUCGAAACGAUCCAAACAUAAAUAUGUGUGUAGCUAAUUCGAUUGAGCAACUACGACCGAAAUUGACUACAGGAAUUCCUGAAUUAGAUGUUCCAACAAUCGAACCGUUUAUACUGAAGCGUAUACAACUAUUAAAGGGUCCCAAAAAUGCGAAGCUUGACUUCCUAAUUUCGAACUUACAAGUGUAUGGGCCUUCCACAUUCAAGAUUCGAGACUUAAAGGUAGAUUUAAAAGAUAAUAUAAUCAUUACUUUUAAAGUCAACUUCCCCAAGCUUGAGUUUCGUGGAAAAUAUCGAAUAGAUACGCAAAUUCUGUUAAUCAGAUUGUUUGGAGAAGGAAAUGUCACUGGAAAUUUCCUUGGCUACGACAGCAACUGCUUUUUGAAGGCUAACAAAGUUUUAAAGAAUAACAAUACCCACAUAAACUUUGAGAAAAUGAAAUUUAACAUUAGGGUAGGCAAAGCCCAUUUUAAUCUUGGCAAUCUGUUUAACGGCGAUGAAGUUCUCGGAGCAGCUGGCAACGAGGUUGUGAAUGCUAAUAGUCAUUUGUUGGUGGAAGAGCUAACACCUGAACUCGAAAAUUCUUUAUCGGAUCUCCUGACGAACAUCGCCAACAAGAUCACCGAAAAAUUCACAUACGAUGAACUGUUUCCCCUUUAAUAAUUUACCUCUCAAACUUAUUGAGAUCGAUACAUUUCGAUUUUUGUUAGUCAAAUUUUUA